UCGUCACACUGCGAAACCUCUACUUUAUAAGUCACUGGUACCACCCUUUCGAGUCACGGAGAUCUCUCAUCCGCCGGCGUGUCCAGGCUAAAGCUUGUGAGGAAUUCGAAGCCAGAUCGACGAGAAGCAAAAAUGGUCAGUUCAAAGGGCGUGUUCAGCUACGUGGGAGUGGUCGUGGUCGUCAGCAUGGUCGUAGUGUCCAGCGUCCUGCCGGUCGUCCAAGGAAAGGCCAGCAAGGCCGGCAAGGCCGGCAAGGCACCCGCGGGCGUAGACUUCUCGUCAUUCGCAGCACCGCCCCCUCCCAGCGAGGACUGCCAGGGAGUGGCGGUCGCCCCUGGUGGUGGCGCCGCCCAGGUGCCUGACCCGAACGACUGCACCAAGUACUCCGUGUGCACCGACACGUUCAGCACGAAGAUCACCUGCCCGCCUGGACAGCACUUCAGCGUGGCCGACAACAGGUGCACAAGCCCGGAGCAGGCCAAAUGCGACCCAGCUUUUGCUACAGUUGACGCCGCCGACGUAGCCGCCAACGUCGAUCCGAAAUUGGCUGCUGUCAAUGUUGCUGAUGCCGCCGACGUGAAUGUCAAUGCCGCCGAUGCCCUCGCCGACGUUUAAACACUCGGUCCGCACUUCAUCGUCGCCUAUGUCGCACGUCCCGAGAUCUUGUUCUAUACUCGCAGACCACCUCAGCGACAGACGUGCGGACACAGCGCCGGAAAUCACGGAAGAAAGCCCAUACGGCGGCUUCUGCGCCAGAUGCCUGCGGCAAAGAAAUAAAGCAAAAGUGCUCGUCUGUU